AUGAACAAUCCUUGAGCUUACUUGGCAGGUGGCGACGAGAGGCGCGAUAAAGCCGGGCAUGCUCCAGAGGUUGGUCUUUGGCUCCAACGACAGAAAAGGCGGGUCGGCUCUAAGCUCGAGUACCGACACCAUCCUCUCAGUCAUGGUGCGCAGGCGGACAACUUGCCGAGCCAACAGCUCGGAUGCAGCCACCGACGAGGCAGUCGGCUCGAGCGUUCGGAGGGCGAAGUCGGUGUGUUCGAAAGAGUGUGGCCGGCUCCUGGAAAUGAGAAACAGUCCGACAAAGCGAUGGAGUUAGGGACUCCGAAAAGAGGCUCUUGGAGGCAUAGAGACAGGGUUUGCUGGCCGGCCAGUCUGUGUUUGGUGAAUGCCAGUGCGGAGGAUGAGUAUGCGGAAAGAAUAAAAGUUGAUUGGAAGGAGUCCGUUGAAUGGUCGCCUCGGCAACCGAAGGAGGCCUGCCACGUUUGGAAGACUGUUGUAUUGUGCAAAGAAGUCUCGGCUCCGCCGUCCUGCCACCCCGAUCAACCUGUGCUAAGCUCUCGUCUGUACCGCCGUGGCAGACAUUAUCACAGCAAGAAUUGCUACUUUCGAAAAAAAGCAACAAUCUGCAAAACCCAGAGAAAGGCUGGUCUGCUGAAACUCCAUUCUCGCGAAACUUGGCAGUUUUCGAUAAGGAACUCUUACGACUUUAUACUAUUAGUUGACGAUAGGACGAUAGCAAGAGGAGAUUUGUUGGUAAUUUUCCAUAAAGUGUAUGUGUUCAUUAACAUGCCGAUAAACGAGGCAAUGAUGGCUACAGAAUUAACUCUAGACGAGCACCCUGACAUUAGAAGAGGCAAAAGGUUAGGCAAAGAUUCGACCAUUGGAGUAGUCACUUUGGCGAUGCAUAAUACCUAUUGUACCUUCAACGGUAACAUGGAGUUAACACCGAGCUCUGUUUCCAUUUUAGCCAAUAACUACACGGCCCAAUUGGAGGCUCGUGUGUUUAAGGAGGCACUUUUAGUUUCCAAGUUAUCAGUUCGUUAUAUGCACGAUUACUUUGCCGCUUGGCAACACGGCUAA